AAAGUUUGUCCAUUUCAUGGUCCUUGAACCAUCAACUUCAUCGCAUCCGCCGCAUCGAAUUUGCGAACGAACUUUAAACACGUAUCACCCCGAUCGUUAUUGUUGUGCCAACAAAGUCCCGCCCCGUCGCGACAACGCCGGACUCUCCGGUUAACCGCCUCUGACUGCGAUGCGUCACUAACCGGCGUGCCAAUUCAACAUGGCCUUCAAUUUCAACUGGUCGCCGCUCACGGCUGAUGCCGAUUUCUACAAGCGGGCGCGAGAUCUCCUGACGACGGCAUUAAACAAAUCGCCGAAACCGCCCAUCAUUGUCGAUGACAUCUUCGUGACAGAGCUCAACCUCGGCUCCGUGCCGCCCGACCUGGAGAUUUUGGAAAUUGGCGACCUGGCUGAGGACCGAUUCCGCGGCAUCUUCAAGAUGUGUUAUUCUGGGGACGCCUUUUUGACGCUCAAGACCAGAGUACAGGCAAACCCCUUAAACACAUACCUCUCUGCCAAGCCCAGCUUUACAUCUCCGCAGCCAUUGGCGGCGGCGUCAGGGCUUACAAUACCACUUCAGAUUACGUUAUCUGAGAUCAAACUCAAAGCAUUCAUCAUCGUGGUCUUCUCGAAGCAGAAGGGUCUCACUCUAGUAUUCCGAGAUGACCCCCUCGAGUCUCUUAAGGUCUCAUCGACCUUCGAUUCGAUCCAGUUCGUGCGUGACUACCUCCAGCGGACAAUCGAGGUAAAGCUGCGCAACUUGAUGAUGGACGAGCUGCCCUCCAUCAUCCAUAGACUCUCCCUUCAGCUUUGGUGUCCGGAUCAGAUUGCGAAGGAGGACGACAGGUCAAAAGAGGCUGACGAGCACGGCGUGAACCCUCUGGCGACGCCUCCGCUCGAUGCGGUCGAUGCUAAUGGACAUCUACUUGAUUCCGCUGCCAUAUCAGAGCUAUCUCUUGAUGGCGGGCCAGAGUCACAAUCCCUGUUUUCCCAGAAGAAUCUGCUUCGAUUGUCCAGCCUAACCAGCUCACAAGUCACGUCAUCAUUGCACACCCCUGCUAUUCGAGACGUGUUGUUUAGGGCUUGGGCUGGGCCGUCGGACAGGGCGGACGGGACCAACACACCCCCGUUGUCGACGCCUAAUCUUGCGCGGUCGUCGUCGUACAUUGGGAGUGCCCAUACCUACACCUUUUCGGACAGCAGCAGUUUGACCCAUGACUCGCUUCCUUCAAGGCCGUCCUUGGUCAGCCUCAACUCCGCCACCGCCGGUCUUUCGCUGGGCGCGGGCCGGCACAACAAGGCUGGUCGGAAGAAGAAGACGCGCGUGGUCAACUUGCGUCGCAAAGCGGGCACCGAAGUGGGUAGCGAACAGGGAGACAACGUCUCGGACACAGCCUCGACCGCCGCUCCCAUGUCAGAACCAAUCAUGCCACAUCCGAUCCUCGAAGUUCCAGAGGAGCACCUAAACAUGCCCUCGGCUACAAACCAAGGCAAGGUGCGAUUCAGCCGACCCUCAGAGACUCUACAGCAGCCUAGGAGACCCUCUCUUCGGUCCGAAGCUCUGAAGGCCCCCGAGGCACAAAUUCCCUCGAUCGAAGUAAACGACGUUCCUAAUGUUACUCAGAAAAUGUCUGAGAAGCAAAGCCAGCCCAUUGGAACUCAGGCUUCGCGAGAGCCAGUGCUUGCCGACACCAAGUCGGAAUGGAGGCCGUCACGGCCAAUGUCAGACACCUCAUCCGUCAUCUUGGAGCAGGCUUGGAUAAUGAAGAUGGCUGGAGAGAUUGCACGGCGCGUGUACGAUGAGAAGAACCGGAAUCCCGCUUUCUGGGAUGACCGGGAUGACACCCCUCCACCCGCAUACGAGGCGAGAGGCUGCUAAGACUCUGAAGAUCCAUAUUUCCUUGCCCCUAUUUGUCGUUUUGCUUUCCGGUCGCAUGGUAUUGCAUUCGCUAUGUUUUUCCCCCAGGCGUUCGAGCGCGACCUGGACAACUUAAUGUGUUAUUGUUUGCUGGGUGUGUGGAGUCUGGGCGCUUAAAUACGGAAGAACAGUCUGGGUGCUCAGCGGUCAAGAUAUCCAAUAUAGACGGGAUGGAAGCCGGGCCUAACGUGGGCACGGGAACUCAAGUGUCGGAAGGACACUAAACCCUUGGUUGGCAACCAACUAUUUACUAUUUGCUGUACAAUUUCCUUUGUCAUGAGCCGUCACUGCGGUUGACGCAGCUGUAUACCGUUGUACGAGGGCUAGGCUUACAGGAAGCCGGAUCGGGGAAGACAGACGGAAGUC